AUGGUUAGGAACACACUGGUGGAUGAGAGCCAGGCGGCAUUUGUACCUGGGAGAGGACUGAUGGAUAACAUACUGCUCAGCCAUGAACUGAUAAAAGGCUGGAUUAUGGAAUGCAUUAAAACAGUGUCCUAUUCUAUCAAUAUCAAUGGCAGCCCUACUAUUCCAUUUGAUGCAAGAAGAGGAAUGGGACAGGGAGAUCCUAUGUCUCCAUUGUUAUUUGUCUUGGCAAUGGACUAUCUGACAAGAAGUUUGAAGAGCUUAAAGGAUCAACCUAACUACAACUACCACCCAAGAUGUGAAAAACCAAGUCUUAUCCAGCUCAGUUUUGCUGAUGACCUGCUUCUUUUGUGUCGAGGUGAUAAGGCUUGGUGGCAAACCAGAACAAGAGCAACAUAUAUAUUGGAGGAGUUUCAAGGGCAAUACAACAGGAGAUUACUCAAGUUACAGGGUUCAGCACAGACAAAUGCUGGGGAGAAUAAGACAGUGGACAAUGAAGUUUCUGAGCUAUGCAGGAAGACUUCAAUUGAUCAAGAGUGUACUCAUUCCAUACAGUCUUUCUGGUCACAGAUUUUUCCUUUGCCAAAGAAAGUCAUCCAACAGGUUGAAGCCAUGUGUAGGAAAUUCCUAUGGACUGGUGAUACCGGCUCGAGCAAGAAGGCUUUAGUAGCAUGGAACAAGCUGUGCAGGCCUAAAACUAAGGGAGGGCUGAAUGUUACAGACCUCAACACAUGGAAAUAG